CCGGGGAUCACCUAUUGACACCGACUCAGAAGGGAAAGGGUUCCCGGUGUCUGGAUCCCAACAUCAUCUGCGCUGUCCCCUUUGUGCAUUGCAACCUCGACAGGGGCAAGGCGCCGAGGCAGCAGAGGCAAUAGAAGCCCUUGCAUCGUAUCCCCCCCGUCUUUUUUUUCUUUUUCUUUUUUAUAUAAAAAGGCCCACGACAAUAUUCUGUGCCCGCCGCCAUGUUCAGCGUCGUAGAGAUGCCCUCCCCUACAUUCAACAGUCUUCUGCCCGUCAGGUUACGAAGCUGGCUCACCCGCCUCGGCACAACCGCAGAAGACAGCGCCGAUAAUAAUAACAACGCCACCACCACCAUGGCCUCGUCCCCCAUGUUCUACUCGUCCAGGGCGCAGCUGCUGCUGGUCCUGGUCGCCAUCCUCGCCACCGUCUCGGCCAUUGUGGUCGGCGACCAGGCGCCCAACCGUAGCGGCGGCAGCUACGACGACGCCCACGACGCCCUUCUGGAGAGCCGCCAGGCCGCAGCGCCGCCCGCCGCCGUGUGCGUCUCCAACUCGGCGCCCAACACCAUCUCUGCCAAAUUCCCCAACAGCGCCACGGGCGUGAUCAACGGCUCGCUCGUCGUCGUGCCCAUCCCCAUGGCCGACGCCCGCGCCGCCGUGCCGGCCCAGUGGGGCAUCCUCGAGGGCGCCCUGAAGGCCAACCUGCCUGGCUUCCCCGAGGGCAUGUACCCGCUCUUCAUUCAGGCCGUGCAGGACCACGACCUCAAGCUGCACGCCUUUAACAUCAACAUCCCCGACUUUGCCCGCGUCAGCCUUGAGUUCCCCUUCAUCGACCUCCUCGGCGACGGCUACACCUCGUUCCGCUGGGCCCCCGAGAUGCUCCUGUCGGCCUCCAACCCCAUGGCCAUCAGCGGCUCCGUCGACUACGGCACCAAGGCCCACCCGGCCACCUUUGACCCCGAGUGCGACGGCUACAAGGCCUCGCCCGACUCCUCGUGCACCACCACAUUCACCGCCUCGGCCCCGGCCACCGGCGCCUCCUUCUCCCUCUCCGUCUCGCCCGACGCGUACGGCGCCCCCUUCGAGCUGCCCGUCGCCUUCUUCGUCAACGCCACCAACCAGCCCACCUUCGCAAACGGCACCGCCUGCUCAAACAUGAUCCGCAUGUUCGACCAGUCCCUCUUCUCCGACGGCAGGGGCGCCGACCCCAGGCCCGUCGCCGGCACCAUCGCGGUCGCCGGCAUGGGGCCCGGCCUGCUCAGCUGGUCCGAGGCCGACGCGCCCCGCCAGGCCUUUGGCAUCCAGGUCGCCACCCCAUUCGCUGAGAACAACUACAUCCCCUGCCACAACCUGCAGGGAUACGGCGCAUAAGGGGCCUUCGCCUGUGGCUUUUUUUUUAUAUAGCAUGUUUUGUAGUAUACAAUAUGCUCUUCUAGACGUACAAUGAUACCCGUC